UACGAAACUUGUUGACCAUAAAGACACGUGUUCUUACCACACUUGGGUUAAUAAACAAGUUGUUGAGUCAUUUACAAAGAGAUUAGAGAGAGUCGUGCCAAGUAUUGAUGAACUCGUCCACUUUUCUUUUUUUGCACGGUGUUUAGUAGUUGUCAUAGAAAGAGUGUCGUCUAUAUGUGCAAUCAAAGUAAAUGUAACAAGAGCUUUUACUCCAUGGAUUGUAAUUUAUUAUUUAUGGUCAUGUAUGUAAUGGGCUGUUGGGAUAAGUUUGUUUUUUGGAUUCACAUAUGAUGUCAACUAAGAGUCAUGUGGAUACUUCAUGCUCAAAAGGGUUUGCUCCACGGUAACCCUUUACCAUCGUCUCUCUUUACCAUCAACAUGAAAUAUUUUUCCAUCAUUUUUAGUUAAGACUGCUCGUAGUAUCCACAAUAUAAUAAUGUUUAUUUAACUGUUUAACUUGCGUUUUGGUGAUGAUUUACUUAUAUUGGAUAUGUGCAUACUCGGGACAAGUUAAAACAACUCCUUCUCGAGUUUUUAUGACUUUACGGGCUGCUAUGUAAUCUCGCGAAGUGUGUAACAUAUUUUAAGAGGGGUUUGAACAAACUGUAAGGCUCACUCUAAGGCGCAUAAUCGGAUUUUAAAACGAGGUCAUUAUUUGUUUGUUACUUAAGACUGCCUUUAAUUUAUUAGUAAAAUUAUGUUUGUUUUGGUUGUAAAAACUUUGUUUUUGGAUGCACAAUUUGAACAUUCGAAAUAUAAGCUAUAAAUUGAGCUGCAAAUUUGGAGGAAGAAAAUACAAUUGCUUUUUCACUGUCCAGAGCCGAUUACCUACUUUAAAAAGAUAUCAAUAUCAUCCAGAUGACCAAAUUUUAUUCUAAAGUCUAACUAUGUAAAAUUAUUCAAUUCAUUAGGAGAUUUUGUUAAUUAAUCCGAGAAAAGAAGGAUUUUUGGUUUAUGGGCUGAAUCUAUGUAUGAGUUACCCGACAGAAAGGACAGUUACUGCUUUCCCUCUUUUCCCCCUCUCCUCUCUUCUCCCGCUGUUUCUGUCUGUCUUCUUCUUCCUUCCCCACCUUUCUACUCACUUUUCCCUCUCUCAGCUUUCUCUCCGCGUAGACAGAGAUUCGCCAAUAAGAAAUCUCGCCCCAUCUCCACCCAACAGAAACCUUAGCCGCAGAGACCAAAACUUUUGUUUCCUGGAGUGGGUGGUUACUUAGUAGGUGGAGCUGGUAGAAGGGUGUUUGAGGCGCUUGGAGGGCGGGAGCGCUGACCAUGGAAGCCAUCAAGAAGCAAGCUGCUAAGCUAAGAGAGCAAGUUGCCAAGCAGCAACAGGCAGUACUGAAACAUUUGGGACAUUUUGGACAAGAUUCUAUAGUUCUCGAUGAAGCUGAGCUGCAAUGUUACCAACAUCUACAAAACCUGUACAAUUCUACUAGGACAGCAAAGCAUUUACAGAAGAACAUAGUUCGUGGAGUUGAAGGUUACAUUUCUGUGGGUUCGAAGGAAAUGGAGAUAGCAAGAAAGUUGGCUGUUGACUGUUGCAAAUAUGGAGAUGAUGGACAAUGCACAGAUCCUCAUGUUUCCAAAGCUGUUAGUCAAUUUGGUGCCUCGCACACUUCAAUGGAGGGUGAAAGAGAAACAUUGCUUGGGGUUCUUAGUGGUCAGGUUUCUGAGCCGCUCCGGGCGUUAAUAACUGGAGCCCCUCUGGAGGAUGCUCGUCACUUGGUGCACCGGUAUGACAAGCUUCGCCAGGAAGUUGAGGCUCAGGCUGCCGAUGUAAUGAGGCGUCGCUCAAAGACUAAGGAUUCUGAUAUAACUGCAGAGAAUUCCAUGAAGCUCCGAGUUGCUGAAACUAGGUUGACCGAGCUUAAAUCUAGUAUGGUGGCACUUGGGAGAGAAGCAACUGAUGCCAUGUCUUCGGUUGAAAAUCAACAGCAAGAGAUCACGAGUCAGCGGCUCUUUGCCAUGGUGGAUGCAGAGAGAUGCUAUCAUCAACAUGUUCUUGGUAUCCUAGAAAAGCUGCAUGCUGAGAUGACUUCAGAGGAGCAAUCCUAUGAGUCCACUUCACAAACAGUGGCUGCAGAGAAAGAAGCUAAUCUUCCAACUCAGCAGGAGUACAGUAUCACUAAUGGAACAACAGACGAUGCUACUAGCUUAAAGGAUGCACUAUUCAUAGCCAAGGUUGUACACCCAUUUGAUGCAGACGCAGAAGGGGAAUUGAGUCUAUCGGUCAAUGACUAUGUCAUAGUUCGGCAGGUGGCCCCUACGGGUUGGUCGGAAGGGGAAUGCAGAGGGAAGGCUGGAUGGUUCCCUUCCGCUUACGUGCAGAAAGAAGAGAAAGCACCUGCAAACAUGAGGUUGGAAACAGACUCAUCGUCGAAGUCUUGAAUCCCAUAAAAAAAAACCCAACAAGAAGAAGAGUCGGUGUACGAAAUGUCGGUUGUAUUGUAUAUGAUGUAUCUUAAUUUCUUCCCACACACCAUCAUGUGCUGGUGCUGUCCAAUCUCUGUAAUGUGUAUUAUUGUUGAUGGAAUGCUGGAACAAUAAUUGCAUCCCUUGUAAGGCUCUGUAUGUAUUCUUUUAUAGAUACACGGGUUAGAAGAGAGGAAGAGACCUGUUUGAAACUGUAAAUUUACGGAAUUGAUUGCAGAAAUUUAGCUCAUUAUUCAUAAUGACUUCUUCUGUUCCAGAGCUCAAGCAAUGUCUGAGACUACUUUUCUUCACACUAAUUACAGCACCCAGAUACUCACAAAGGGCAAGCAUAUUUGCUGUUCCAACAGAGCUCUAACUAUACUAACCAUCAAACAUCAACUGGUUUCCAAUCAAUUCGUUCCAAGGAU